AUGGCGUUUAUGCCUGAUGAAAAGUCUCUCUUAUCCCCGACACUGCUCGGCCAAGUCAGGCAAUUUAUAGAAAAGCUGGCAGAACAUGAGAAUUCCAAAUAUCAACAAACCCGCCCCAAGCCUGCGAUGCUGAUUCUGGCCUUUCUCGACGAUGCCGCUUCUCCCGAUUCAUUUCUGAAUGAUUUUGUCUUCUACCUUCACGAUAAUUUAUAUGCUUCUCGCGGAGCUGGUAUUGACAUCGAGCUUGCCAUAUCCGACUUGGCAUCUUUUGCUUCAUGGGAACCACACAAGAUCGAUGAAUUGAAUGAGACUCUGCACGGUUUUAUGAAGACUUUUACUGGAGGUAUCGAUCCGCUUUUCUAUGCAUCAGAGCAUGGUCACGCCACAGCGGUCAAGUUGAUCAUCGCCACGGAAAAACUUCAGAAUAGCAGCGCUCGAACGUAUGACCCGGAUGAUCCGCAACCACUUUCGCUAGCAGCACGGAAUGGCCAUGAUGCAGUGGUCGAGCUGCUACUCGCUGCGGGUGAUAUUGAUCCCGACCACCGCGUGGAGAGCUGGGACGGCCAGACAGCGCUGUUAUGCGCAGCGCAAAACGGAAGGAAUCGCGUCAACCCAGAUACUGAAGACUGGAGUUACCAGACACCGCUAUUGCUGGCCUCGCGCAAUGGACAUGGUGCCGUGGUCAGAGUAUUGCUCUCGAAAGGAAUCGAUCCAAACUUUCAGAAUUACUGGGGCGAGACGGCUCUUAUAGUUGCUGCAGAGCUUGGACACGAAGAGAUCGCAAUGCUACUGCUGACUGCGGAGAAGAUCCUUCCUGAGAUCCAAAAUUCAAAGGGUGAAACAGCCUUAUCUGUGGCCGCUGAGCUUGGGCAUACGGCCAUAGUGAAACUCCUCCUUGCCACAGAUGGCGUCGAUCCUAGUUUCAAGGACGCGGACGGACAUACACCGCUCUGGUGGGCGGCACGAAACGGUCAUAAUGCUGUUGUUAAGCUAUUUUUGACUCUCGCUACUAUUGAUCCCGAUGCUAAAGGUGCUGAUGGUUUUACCGCCCUGUCAUGGGCUGCACGAAAUGGUCAUCUAGAAGUUGUCGAUACUCUGCUCGCAGCUGACGGUGUGGACUUCGAUGCGAGAUCCUCUGAUGGACGCACACCGCUCUCCUUGGCGGCGGAGGCUGGGCAUGGUGCAGUGGUCAAGCUCUUGCUCGCAGCAAAGGGAGUUGAUUCAAAUUCCUCGGAUUCUAACGGGCGAACGCCGAUAUGGUGGGCUGCACAGAGUGGAAACGAAGAUAUAGUCAGAUGUCUGCUUUCAAUGGUGGAUUUGUACCCGGACUCUAAAGAUUCCAGCGGGGAGACGCCUUUGAAUGCUGCUGCACGGAAUGGACACAUGCAAAUCGUUCAAUUGCUUCUGAGUACAGCUGGCGUCAAUCCCAAUUCCAAGGAUUUGAUCGGCCGGACACCUCUAUUCUGGGCAACCUAUCACGGACAUGAAGGAUUGCUCAAAGAGCUUCUUUCUAUACAAGACGUCGAUCCUGAUUCCGCCAGUUCUGAUGGACAGACACCAUUGCUAUAUGCCGCGCAAAAUGGCAACGAGGCGAUAGUAAAGCUAUUACUCUCCACUAAGCGCGUGGACCCUAAAUCUCGAAACUCAAAUGGAGAGACCCCGUUUUGGUGGGCAGUGCGAAACGGGCACGAAGCUGUAGUAAAGCUACUCUUUGCAGAGGGCGCUAACCCUGAGCACCAUAACUCUGCUGGAGAGACACCACUAUGGUGGGCAGCACGGAACGGCCAUGAGGCAGUUGUUAAGCUUCUUCUCGGUGCCGGGGUCAACCCUGAGCCAAGGAGCCCUGGUGACUCCACGCCAUUAUGGUUCGCAGCACGAAGUGGACACGAGAAGGUGGUUGAGCUACUUCUUGCGACUCGAGGUGUGAAUCCUGAUUUCAAGGAUUCUAGGGGAGAGACGCCGCUCUGGUGGGAGGCGCGUAAUGGACAUGAGACAACGGUCAAUAUGCUACUUGCAAUGGGAGUCAAUCCAGAUUCGGAAAAUUCGGAUGGCCAGACGCCUCUAUCUUGUGCUGCGGAGUUUGGGCAUGAAGCUGUUGUCAAGCUGCUUCUUGCUAAUGGUGUCCGGCGUGAGUCUCAGAAUUCAUGUGGGGAGACGCCACUCUCUUUAGCUUUGGAAAACGGAUAUGAGUCUGUGGUCAAGCUGUUGGAUGAGGCAGCUAUGUGA